AUGGAUACCGAAUCUACCUUAGAAGACCAGCUUAAGAAAAUCCUUGACAACAUCGACAAAGAUUCAAGCCUUCUUGCUUUGCAGUUCAUAUUAACAACUUCUCACAACAUUGCCAAAAUAUUUUCUAACCCUUCAACCCGGGAUUUGAUAUAGAAAUUUCCCAUAGAUGGCGCUGUUUGCCCUUGAUUUGCCCACUGGGGAAAUUUUUUGGUUCGACCAGUCCCAUAUGGUUUGGUCAAACCAAAAAAUUUUCUUCAUGGGCAAAUCAAGGGCAAACAGCGCCAUCUAUGGGAAAUUUCUAUACUUUUAAUACUAGGCCAAUUAAAGCGCUCUGUUCUAGCUUCAAAUAUUUAUUACAUGAUACAGUCAUGCUCGGCAAGUGCAGACCAUAGAGCGUUAAAAGAUGCCAAGGUAAAAUCUUUGCAUGACCUUGAAGGAAGGUUCUUAUGGGUUGGAUUUGGAUGUGAAAAUAUUUUUGGAAUUUCAGAACAGAACUUAAAAAAUUGCAGUUUAUUUGGAAUAAUGAGCCAAAAUAGCUUGCUGAGAUUAAUUGACAAGCAUGGAAAAUAUCUGAUAAAGAAAAACGGAAGCAGAAUUAUUUCUUAUUCUUUAGCAAAAGACCAGAAUAUAGCCAGAGCUUGCUUUGGAUUGCCCUGAGCUCCUUAGCCUGUAGGGUUGACUCGGCAAUAUCAGUUGCCUAAUCAAACCUACAAGUUGGGAAAUGAAAAAUAUAAUGGCACUUAAAUUGUGGGGUUGACUUGGAAAUUAUGCUGUCCGAGUUAACCCUACAGGUUGAGGAGGCUACAUACAACCUAUAAGCUAUACAAUUUUAACCAGCAAAUGUACCCCUGCUAUUAUAGGCAGCACUCCAAACUCAUUUGAGGUCGGCAUAAUUCUCUUAACAAGACACUCAAAAACGAAAAAAAUCCCAUCAAAAUCCUCCAAAAAAGUAAAAAUUCUGAAUAAGGAAACUGAAAGUAUCAUCGAAACCCCCACAAUUUUGCCAGAAUUCAGCUUUUUGUCACCAAUUUCUUCUGAAUUUAAAUUUCCAGAAAUUGAAAAAAUAAGCCCUCCACCUACAUUUUUUACCCCUUUUCAGAGUAAAGCGACUCCCUAUAAGGAAACAGAAAAAGUUAUAAAGGAAAUUGAGCCAGAAUCAAUCAGCAUAACGCCGUUUUUAAAGACUGCAAGCCCUGCUUUGAGGAAGAAAAAUAAAAAAUUGCCACAACGUAAAAGUGUAAGUGCUUUUAAGUAUAGAACUUUCCUUUAAUUUAUGCAAAAUUGAAUAGUUAUUAUAGGCUAUUUAAGGGAAAAAAAAAAAACUAUAA